AUGUCAGCGGUGCACUUCGUACACGACGGGAUCCUGUUCCUGCUGCUGAUCUACGGCAUCAUCGCACUCGUCAAGCCAGUGGUGGGCUCAUCGCUGGCCCUAUGCGAAGGUGGCCACACGUGCCUACUCCCGAAGGAGUGCUGUGCUCAAGGAUGCUGCUACCUCUAUGCACCACCCGGUGCACCCCGGGUCCCACUCGCAAACAACGAGCACGUGCUGAGCAUGUUGUUCCUGAACCACUGGUACUUCUGGUGUUUCGUGCUCGCAAUCAUCCUGGCACUGCUGUGCACCUGUUCGCUGUGGAAGCGCAGGCGGCAGUUGUGCGGUUGGGACACCUCUGCUCGGCACUCGCAAUCUGAGGGUGACUCCGCUGGAUCCUGUUAUGCACCGCCUCAAUAUAGCCGUUGCAACUCGUUUCACAUCCAUGCACCACCACCCUACACGGAGGUCGCCUCGAAACCGGACCUGUACCCACUCGUGUUCAGCUACACUGACCCGGGCAAAGGUACCGGAGCGAACUACCUGAUGGUGCAGUACUUCCGCAACUACAUCGUACAGCCGGUGGGUUCGAUCUCCGGCACCAGCACUGUAGACUCGCUUAGCUCCAGCUUCAUCUGCAACGCAAACGAGGCGAACACGCUCGUACCUCCGCCGUACUCGCGUGCUGCCAGUCCCGACCACGCGGUGUCCUUCCGGAGCUAUCUGCUACCUCGUUCAGCCUCACAGCAGGUAUGUCUGGCGGCGUGUGAUCGAUCGGGUGAUUCUUUGCUUGAGCAACAGUGCGUGCCAGCUCGCGAGCAACAGCGGGACCAUGGAGCCGUUAGCAGUACCAGCGUGUCCUUGUUGGAGUGCCAGCCGGGUCCACCUCGGCAUCAUCGGGUGGGCAAUCUGCUGGACCAUGGUUCGAGUCCGUCACCUCCUUCACCUCCACCGCCACCGCCACCGCCUGCAAGUGCGACCUCUAGCAGCCCGUUCCCAGUGGCCGACCUGAGCUGUAGUACUCAUCGAGCUAAUCGCGCCACAACAGGAUGCCUGCCUGACAGUGCCACCAACGACCACUGUGAUCUCGAUGGGACCUCACAGAGGGGUGCGCUUGUGUGCAAGCUUUGCUGCUCGAUGGGUGACAUCGCGACAACGGACGGACGUGCUGCGAGUCGACCAUCUGCGCUCCACAAGAGUCUGGAGACGUGCUGUCACGUGGCACGUCUUGCGGCUGCCAGCGAAGACUCUAUGCUGGGAGGGCGAACAGCAGGUGCUGGGCCUAGACCUGAGAGUUGUCUGCGUGGUUCUUGUGUCGCGUCCAGUGCCGGCUCGAACGUGUCCAGCCUGGUUAAUUUGGAUGCGUCCAGUUCGCCUCCACGCGCCACAAGUCCGACGGCUGAGGUGCGUGAACUGCUGGAGCAGAUACGUCAGCUGCAUGGUGGAGGGUCCGGUGAUGGCACCGACGACAAUAGCUCGACAGGACCUGCACGAACACCGGUCCCAGCUACGGCCCAACGUCCGCCUGCCUAUCGACGGCCUUCCUCGCUGAUAGGUCGCCGUGGUAAGCUGUUCACGAAGCCAGCCUGCCUGCAGAGUGGUUCUGGAGCUGGUAGUGCUAGUGGUAGCGGUAGCAGCAGUAAAGCGAUGUACAUACCGAUUGCGUUCGUACAAGGUGGCGCAACAUCGGGGCGGCACCUGCGUAGUCCGGCCUCGAUGUCAAGUGCGGCCGGAAGCUUCCUGAACCGGGGUCGUAGUCGGUACUGCUGGAUGUCGAAGUCGGCUCCAACCACACCGGGAGCGGCUCCGGGUGGGUUCGCUGGUGCAGCCCUUAGCGAUAACCGGCCGUUGUUGCUCACUGAGCAGGAGGAGGAUGGUGAACAGAAUGUCUAGACCAGGAUCCUCGAACACCUGCUCUGGAACUGCGCGUAUUUUCCGUACCGUUACCGAUUGGGUUUGAGAUUCACGCCACAUGCAACGCUGUAUGCUUCUCCACUUUGGCCUGUUUGCUGAUCAAGCAACUACCUUU